UUAAAAAGUAAACAAACUCAACUCCUCCAAGUCGCAACCUCGAGCGCAUCAAUUUUUGGCAUAUGUAAAAGAUUUACAAAGUCAAUUCGAGGGGUUGAUCAUGAUGUCUAGUCUCCCACCAAGCUCUCCACGGCUUCCCAGCCCACCUCCUCCUACAGAAAUCCAGAUUGGUCCGAAAUCGCCGUCCCUUGGAAGUGCUUCCUCAAAUCAAGAACAAAUGAUUGAGCAAAGUAUUAUAGAAACAAAUGCUAGUCGAAGGAUACAUCCUGGAACAAAAGCUGCUGAUAUGGCUGCUGGUCCACCUCUCAUACCUUUGAGUGAGCUCGACUCAGCAUUUCAACUACAAGAACAUUUAAAAGCGCUCCAUUACUAUCACACUAAACCUCCCUCCAAAGACCAUAGCAUCCCCAUAACCCGCGAAACCGCUGUCGAAAUAGCGACACCACCACAUGGACUCGACCAAGCUCUAUGGCUUUACGAACUCUGUCGUUUCUUAAUCAACAAAUGUAAUGAUUUAAUAAUUGGAUUCCUCUUCGAUGAUCCUCCUUGUUCCGCACAUACAUGUCCAGAAAUGCGCGCUUCCGAAUGGCAGUUUCUUUGCGCCGUACACGAAUCACCCAAAAGUUGUUGCGCGAUUGAUUACUGCUGUCAUACCUUGGACUGGGCUACAAAUAUUGUAACUAGUCAAAAGAUAUUUCCAAGUCGUUUGAGUAUGGCCGCUGGUGAUGCGAUGGAUGAUAGAGGGGCUGGUGUUAAACAUUUAAUUAAUAUUUUCAGACGCUUACAUCGAAUAUUUGCGCAUGCGUGGUUUCAACAUCGGGGAGUAUUCUGGCAGGUUGAGGGUCAGACAGGUCUUUAUGUUUUGUUUAAGACGGUUUGUGAUAUGCAUGAGCUAUUGCCGCCAGAGAACUAUAAGCUUCCACCAGAAGCAGAGGGAUUGGAAUAUGUUGAGGAUAAACCACCGGCGGUUACAUCGAUUUUGAAGACACCAGUAGGGGUUGAGGAAGACUUCUUAGGGCUUGGAAGACAAAAUACUACUAGAAGGCAUGUUAGACAAUCACCUUCAGUGGGAUCGGCAAUCACGACAGUUCAGGAAAUUGAUGAGGAAGAAGGGGACAUAACUCAAAGAUUAAGGGCUGCACGUAAUUCACGAAUUGCGGAGGAAGAGGGAGAGGACGGAGAGACGGAAAAUGAUACUAAAACAGAGAUAGAGAUACCCGUUAUUGUGGAGACCGUUAAGGAGGUGGAUCCAGAUGAUGAUAUGGAACCCGAGGAGACGAAUAAUGGGGUAGUAGAGGAAGAACAAUUAAGUUUGCAAACGAUCCAAGAUCUGGAAUCUGAGCUGGAAGAUUCUGAGACUGUUAUCCAUGAUGAUAAUGAUUCGAAAGCAGAUUCAACAGGGUCGUGGGAUAGUAUGUCUGGUGAUUCAGUGGGGGACAAGACGGAGGUAGAACAAGAGAAUGGUGAUGCUAGCGAAGAGAAGUCAGAGACAGUCAUUGAGGACCCAAUUCCAGAAUCAGAACCAGAGCCGGCUUCAGAGCCAUCUAGUACUGAAAGUAGCGGAGAAACAGAAGAGGAGCAAGAAGUACAAGAGCAGAAGGAUAAUUCCAGCGAAGAUGAACACACAUCUCCGCCCAAAGAAGUUUCCACCACCAAAGAAACCCCUCCCAAAAAGUCCAAGAAAUCCAAGAAGAAAGCAAAAAAAUCCGCUGCAGCAAAAGAAGCUUCAAAAAUAUCAACAUCAACCAAUCACAUAAACGAAGAUACGAAUACUACGGAUGAGGAAAAGGCAUCGGAUCAAGAUGGAGAGAUAGGGGAACAAAAGACUUGA